GUAUAAAGAAAGCAAGACCACCGGCUUCUUCGAAAAAUCAAGCCAGAGAAACUGGACCUGAAACAACUGGGAAAAACGUAAUCGCCCUGUGUUUUAGUCAUUUUGGAUCUUCUCUACUCCUUUCUUCCUUUCUCUCUUCCCUCUGAAACCAGGUUCGUUUUCUCACCAUCCUCCUGCAAAUGCAAUUUCUCCAUAAAAAAGAAAAAAGGAAAAAGAAAAAGAAUACCUCCCCCAAUUCAACAUCAAACUAAAAAAACACUGUUUUAUUCACAUAACUAACCUCUUUAUCUACCCCUUUCUUUGUAUCUGCUCUUAAAUUCUCUUACCCAAACUAUAAAUUUCAGGGGUUAAUAGCUUCUUUUUUUAGUAUUUGAAAACCCCUGGGGUUCUAAUUCGUGUAGCUCUUGGGUUUUGUUUUUGGUCAAUGGAUGUGCAACUGUUGAACAAUGCGUUGACUUUUUCACGUAGGAAGAAAAAAUGGCUUAUUUUGUUAGCUGUAUGUGGAGUUUCUGGUUAUGGGGUUUACAAGGUGUAUAAUUUACCCUCUGUGGUGAAGAAAAGGAAGAGGUUUUUGAAGCUCUUUGGAGCCCUGAUUUCGUUGGCUGAAUUGGUCUCGGAUUCGGCUGAGACGAUUGAUGUUGUAUCCAAGGACUUGAGGGAGUUUUUACAAUCUGAUUCUGAUCAAAUUCCUAGCAGUUUGAAGCAAAUUUCAAAGAUUGUGAGCUCAGAGGAUUUUUCCCAAUGUUUAAUUAGGGCUACUGAGUCUUUAACAGUUGGGGUUUUAAGAGGGUAUAAGUUGGAUUCAGGGGAUGUGGGUGAAUUGGCAACGGGUCCGGGGAAUUCUAGCUUUAUUGAUAGGGUAUUGGAUAGGGUUUUUUCUAGUGAUGGGACUGGUUUUGUAUCUGUUGUGGUUGGUAGCUUUGCUAGGAAUCUGGUGCUGGGGUUUUACUCAAAUGGUGGAGAAAUUGAUGGGUUGAUUGGGAAUGGCGGGUCAUCUGAUAUCCCCAAAUGGGUUAAUGUACUUUACGAUGACAAGUCUAAAGAACUAAUGGCUGAUUGCAUACAAAGAUUUGUAAGCACAGCCGUUGCAGUUUAUCUUGACAAGACUUUGGACGUUAAUACUUAUGAUGACAUGUUUGCUGGAAUGACCAAUCCAAAGCAUCAAAACAAUGUGAGAGACAUUUUGGUUUCUGUUUGUAAUGGUGCUGUGGCAACUCUAGUGAGAACAUCACAUCAAGUGUUGACAAGUUCAAACUCGAAUUCUAAGUUGAGUUCGGGUUGUUCAAUUGUUAAUCAGAAUGAGGAUGCUGGUGGAAUGAGAGAUGGUUUUGAUAAGGAAGUAUCUUUAAAAGGAGUGAAAGAGGGGAGCUUAUGUGAUGGGAUUCAUAAUAAUGGUUGGGUUGAUAAGGUCUCAUCCACAUGGGCAGUUCCUGGCAAUAGGAAGUUUGUGCUUGAUGUGACUGGGAGGGUGACCUUCGAAACAAUAAGGUUUAUUGUGGAGUUUCUGUUGUGGAAGAUUUCAGAGGGUUUGAAAAGAAUCAUUCUUGUUGUACAUGAGGAGGUUAUGGAAAGGGGACUGGAUGUUAUCAGAUUUGUUGGUGCGAAAUCUUCCGUUAUUGUCACCAUUUGUCUUGCUCUGUAUUUAUAUAUCCUGGGUGGUAGUAGGGUUCUCUUACCUGCUUGAACAGGUUUGUUCUGUCCUUUAAUGGAAAUACAAUGAAAUCUUAUAGAAUUGAUUAUACCAGACGGCCUUGUAUGUAUAUUUCUCUCCUGCAAUUAAAAUGUAUAACUAUGCUCGUGUUGUUCAUA